AGGUGCCUCCUUUUGAAUAGUGAUUCUCCCGAUCAGAUCCUCAAGAAUGUCUGAUCAAGGGACCGUUGGAGUGUCAAAGAAAGAAAAAGUGAAGCAAUAUCUGGAAGCAUCGAUUCUUCCCUUUCUUUCCCAGGCACUCACAAAACUUUGUGCUGAAGAGCCGUCCGACCCUUUCGAGUGGCUGGGCCGCUACCUGAUCGAAAACAAUCCGCGCGCCACUCGAAAGUUCGAUCACAAAGAAGCAUUGGUCUUGAAAUUGGCUCAAGGAGAUUUCUUCGGCGAGAUAGCGUUGCUGCAUGGAAAACCGAGACAAGCUACUGUGAAGUCUGUUGGAUCAUCUACUCUUUUGGUUCUUUCUCGCGAUGCUUUCAACCGCCUUUGCGGAAGUCUCUUCGACAUUCUGCAAAGAAAUAUUGGAGAGUACAAGGAUGUGGAGUUUAUGGAAGAGGAGCCGGAGGAGCAUCUGGACGACUACGGCGGAGUCUCGGAGGAAGAAGAUUAUGAGGAGCCCCCGCCGCCUCCCGUCAACAUGCGGAGGGGAAGAAGAGAUACCGUCUACUUGGCCGCGACUAAGGUUGAGGAUGAUUGGAGACCUCCGGAAUUUCCCAAGACGGACGAGGAACGUGAUAGAAUACACAAAUACAUUGAAAAAACGGCUUUGCUGUCCUACCUCGAUCCAUCCUCCAAAGACUUGGUUGUCACAGCGGUGGAAAAGCUAGAAUUCGAUGACGGGCAAGACAUCAUUAGUCAAGGAGAUGAAGCUGAUUAUUAUUACAUCUUGGACUCCGGCAAGGCAGAUGUUUUGAUCGCAAAGCCGUUGGGCUCCGACCCUGUCAAGGUCAACGAGUAUGGGCCAGGAGGUUCCUUCGGCGAGCUUGCGCUGCUCCAUGGCGAUAAGCGAAUCGCCACCAUCCGCGCCACUGAGCACUGUGUGACGUGGGCCUUGCAACGUGACACCUUCAGAAAACUGAUGAUGCAGAGUGGAAAGCAAGCCUUGAACGAGAGGGUUCAGUUCCUCUCCAAGGUGAACAUCUUGAAGGAACUGGACCACUAUGAGAAGUUCAAGAUAGCAGAAGCCAUGCAGAUGAGAAAGGUGGAGGAUGACGAGGUCAUUGUGAAGGAGGGAGAACCAGGCAGCGAGUUCUUCAUCAUUCAGAGUGGAGAAUGCCACGUUUACAAGCAGGUGCUAGUUGAUGUCACUCAAUGCUUGCUCAAGUAGACAAUAUCUCGAGCUAGAGGCUGAUCCAGCAAAACUUUAAACAAAAUAUUAUGGUAUCUCGCGCAAGAGGCUGAUCCAGCAAACAUGGAUGAAUUACACACUGAUGUGUCAGUGUUGAACCAUAAAGCAUCGUUUAC